AAAAAUAAAAAAUAAUAAUAAAAAAAAUAUAAAAAAAUUAAUAAAAUGAAAAAUAGCAAUAAAAAAACAUAAAAAAAUUAAUAAAAUAAAAAAAAUAAUAAUAAAAAAAAUAUAAAAAAAAUUAAUAAAAUAAAAAAUAAUAAAAAUUUUUUUUAAAUAAAAAAUAAUUAUAAAACAAAUAUAAAACUAAUUAAUAAAAUAAAAAAUAAUAAUAAAAAAGAUAAAAAUAAAUUAAUAAAAUAAAAUAAAAAAAUUUAAUAAAUUUUGUGCGACAAAAAAAAUCAUACUUAUACCCGAGCUUAUUUAGAACAGAGUAGCAAAAUCUGCUCUGCCGAUCUUCAAGGCAGCAUUCACAUACACAGCUCACACUACACACAUACAUACAUACAUAUUUAGUUACUACGUAUUUUGUUAAGCCACACAAAUUUAGUUUGCUUGCGCUUGCGUGCUUUAGUGAAUUCCAACGUGCCUCCAUUCAUUUUAGUAAUGACGUUGAAAAUCGCUCCCAAAAUGCUGCUGAUUACUAUCUGCGUGUUGAAUCUGUGCUGAUUAUUUGUUUCCUUUUUCACCUUCACCACCUUCGCUGCUCUCCUGCAUGUCCAUUUGCAGCCUUUACAUUGAGAUUGAGGGCUUUGUAAUGAACGUUUUUUUGUGUGUGAAGAACUCAUCUACCGCCAACUCAAUUUCUUAUUAUGCCGCGAUUGCGUGUAUGACCAUGGGGCACGUUUUACGAGUAGUACACUUAAAUACAUGAAAAAAGAGAAGAAAAAAUGAUAUUCUUGGCGAGUUUAUGAAAAAACGUUGAAUUUUUGCCGCAAAUUUGGAUUUGUGUGGGAAUAUAUUGUACAUAUGAACCUAUUUUGAUGAGGAAGGCAGGAUCGGCCGGCGGUGUACAGAGUGCUAAGGUCAUGCCGGUGGCGGUGCAACUGAUGUAUACAAAAUUUUAAAUCAAAAAUUUAGUUAAAAAUAGUUGGAAUAAAAGUAGUGGCUAUGAGUUUGGCAAAAAUUGUUUUCUAUUUUAUUUUUUUUUUUUUUAUGGAAAUAUACCCGCAAAAUUUUUGAUGUAAGAAAUUGACAAUUCUAUCAUAUUUUUAAUUAUUUACGUAGAAAGUUGCGUUUUUAUUAAGUUUAAUUUCGGUAUUUGAUAAAAAAUAUUUUUGUUUUACUUUUACUGAUGGAAUACUCUAAGCUAACGUUCCCUGCACCAAGCCAUUAUCUAAAAAUUGUUAUAAGCAAAUUAGGUAAAAAGUUGAAUCAUAAACUAAAAAAUCUAAGGAUACAAAAGAUCUACAAAUCGAGCUCAAUAAUCUUCACCCCACCAACUCUUCACGAAAAUUCAAAAAGUCUACUAAAGUGAAAUUUUAUUAAAGGGUUGCUGUUGUUGUUAUUGUAUCAGCUUACUAAACCCUAUCAAGGCAAUGUUGUUACCGGUUGUCUUCGUCUAGCUCAUCUAAGGGUGGGCCCAGGUAACUUGCUGUUUCGACAGGUUGGUUCCAGAGGGAAAGGGGUGUUAGGUGAGUGGAUUUGAUGGGGCAUGUGAAAAGGUGGUUAGUGUGGUGCCUUCACAUGCCGGACAUAUGUUUAGUAGGCUGGUCCUUAAAUGUACUGCAUGAAAUAUUUUGGUGACUUUUCAAUGCAGGAACCUCUCAAUAUAAUAUUUUUGAUAAACAAAAAUUAUUCCCAAAGUUUCAUACCGAUAAAUUACCGUUAUCACGUGCCGCAAUGCCACUGAAGUUACGUUGUCAAGGCAAUAGUGACGAAAUUGUCAUACACUGCUGUGUUGCUAUUUUGCUAUCUUCUGGUUUUCUUUUUACCGUUAUCAUAAUUAGCGUAAAAGAAGCAAGCAAUAAAGGGCAUAUUGACUGCUUUAAAUAACACAUAUGUGUUGUAAUUAUUUUGCGAAUAGUUCCGUUAUUCUGUUAGCGUUGUAGUUGCAUUAAAAAUUGUUUAAGCUCCACGCAAUUUGUGUGAUUCAUUAUAAGUGAAGUGAAGUGAAGUAAAAAUUAAGAGGCAUAAAUUUGUCAUUUAAGAAAAACUUUAAAAUGCCGCGACAAGGAAUUUAUUUAGUAGGUGCAAUGAAAAAUCAAAUUCUUGGCAGCAAGCUGCCUUCUAAUCAAGAUUGCUUAUCUGUUUUAUUUAAUAAUAUGCGAAAUGUGCGCUUGAAUUUGUCAGAAGCGGCAAAUUUAGUGAUUGACGAGUGUGAAAUAUUUUGGCGAAAGGCAAGAAUUCCGACCAAAGACAAGAGCGAUAGUGUGAAAAAGUUAAAAAAAUUGUAUGAAGAAUGGCGAAAUUUAGAAAAAAGCUGUAAACGAAGAACAGAUAACCAACAAGGUAAAGAAUGAAGUUUAUAAAUCAUCUCUAGUACUUGGCAGAUGAGGCGGUCGUGUUUUCAUUAUUUGAUCACAAUGCGCCAAUUAAAGAAAGAGAGAAGAUGGCGCAAAAGCUUAAAAAUAUAAUGCAGGAUAAACAAAGUGAAUCAAAAAAUGAAACCGAUGCCUCGAAAAAACGUUCUGUUCAAUACAAGGGCCUGAAAAUUUUUUUACAAAAAGACCUUCCAAGUUGUUUAAUAACUGAAAAUUCAAUAAAUUUAUUUGAACGCUUCAAUAUAAAUCCCGCAUUUUUGAAUGAAAAUGCUGCUGAAUGGCAUCUUAACCCGAAAUAUAUUGAAGGGAAAAAAAUCUUGGACAACAUUAAUGUAGUCAACGACACAGCUGAAAGGGGGGUGAAGUUGAUGGAAGAAUUCAACAAUUCUUUCACUAAAAAUGAAAACCAAAAGCAGUUCGUUCUUCAAGUUGUGGAGAAAUAUAGAAAAACUUACCCUAAACACACCAGAGAGGCUAUGAGUGUCGACUUCAGUAACAAAAAUAACAAGUGAACUAAGUUUUUAUUCAAAAAUUAUUUGAA